AGUAUUCAACUCCAAACACAGAUAAUCAUUGAGGAUGAGGAUUCAAUUUUUCUUCUUGGUAAUAGCUCUUUCAGGAGCUUUCCCAACUAAUAUCCCCACAAGAAUAUUGUCCGAUGAAUUCAUAAAUCACAUCAAUAAUCAACAAAGCACUUGGACAGCUGGUAGAAAUUUCAAAGAGAACACACCUUUAUCGCACCUUUAUGGAUUAGUAGGAUCACGUUCAUCCCCAAAAGCCAUCCCAAUGAACGUACAUGUACACAGUGAAAACGUUGGAAUUCCUGAAUCGUUCGAUGCUCGAGAAAAUUGGCCUCGCUGUGAAAGCAUUAAAGUCAUCAAGGAUCAAUCUGCAUGCGGUUCUUGUUGGGCUGUUGCAACAACUUCCAUGAUGAGUGAUAGGAUUUGCAUCCAUUCCAAUGGAAAUAAGCAAAUAUUCGUUUCAGAUGAGGAUUUACUCUCCUGUUGCGAUCAUUGUGGCGUUGGAUGUGUGGGAGGUUUCCCUUGGGAAGCUCUCCAUUGGUGGCAUACAGAAGGUAUCGUUUCAGGAGGACCAUAUAAUUCCACCGUGGUGUUUACCAGCAUGUGGCGGGGGAAAAUGUGGGUGAGCAUGCUGUAAAAAUCUUAGGAUGGGGUGUUGAAAAAGGGACACCGUACUGGUUGGUUGCGAACUCCUGGAAUGAAGACUGGGGUGACAAGGGUUUUUUCAAGAUACUUAGAGGGAAAAAUGAAUGUAAUGUCGAAUUCCGUAUGAUUGCCUCAUUACCCAAAUUGUAAAGAAAAAUUGUUGAAAUUUGACGAAAAAUGUAUUUAACGAUAUUACCAUUCUGUAUCCAGGUAAUUUGAGAAAUAUUAUGAUAUUCAACGUUUCACAGAAAUUAGUCUGAGACAAAGUAAAUAAAAAAAGUAUAACAAG